AUGUGGUCGACGCUGCGGGUUUUUAAAGCAGCUGCUAACGAUCCCCGUCCACCGGAAGAAGAGUCCUCUACGCCAGUGUCACGAACACAGCGUAUGCAGCGCCUUCGUACGCAGGGCAAAGGUGCGCCUAUUGACAAUACCAAGAAACUCAAAGAGUUUGCCAAGUCUUUGGACCAAUGGUCUGAAGCGCGUACCAAUAAGUCUGUGUUGGAGAGCUGGAUGUCCAUCACGCCACGUGUCCGUAUUGUAAUGGGUCUGGCUGCAGUUGGGUUUUCGCUGGCCGGUCUGUACGUGGCUGACUGGCUCGAAGACAAAUAUCCCGACCGCAAACGCCAAACUACCUCUGGCGCAGGGACGUCGGCAGGCACUCCCUCGCUCCAAAGUAGCUCUACCUCGCACGAUGAGCACGCGCCACGGUUCUUCUCGAUUAGUGUGGUAGACCGUAAGUAA